AAGGUCUUGUCAUUUUGAUAUCUAUAUACACUGGCAAACUCAAUGUUUACUGCACUCCUCUUUAUCUUGUCUGAAUCUAUCCUUUACCUGAAUGGUUAAACUCUUCAUUUUAUUUCCAUUGACAUCCUUAUAUAUCUAUUAUUGUUUAUCUAAUUAAUUUCUAUCCAUGUUCUGAAAUUACAACUGUAUAUGGUACGUGCUCCUUCUGUUAGUAAUAGUGAAUAAAAAGAAAUUUGCUAAUUGUUGGCCUAAAACGGGAUAUCUUUAUCUUGUCAGUGGGCUUGUUAGCUGUUUGAGAAUUGAGAUGGCUGAUUGUAACCACACCCCAGAGGCAACCAAUGUGAAGCAACACCAUAUUUCCUUAGUGGUGGCAGAUAUUGAACGAAUGUUAAGGGGUCCAGAGAGUGAACAGCAUCAAUUUUCCUCCGAACGCUGCAUCUUCAGAGUUCCUAAGAACCUACGCAGGCUAAAAGAAGUAGCUUGUACUCCUAAGUUAGUCUCAAUUGGUCCCUUUUUUCAUGAAGAUGAAAGCUUGAAAGGCUCAGAAGAGCAUAAGCUGAGGUAUCUUAAAGAUUUUUUAGGUCGAAGCACUAAAACUAAAGGGAUUAAAGACUGCGUAGAGGCCAUUGCAGAGCUGGAAGAUAGAGCCCGGAGGUGUUAUGCAGAAGGCAUCCCCUUAGAUAGCGAGAAAUUUGUAAAGAUGAUGCUGCUUGAUGGCUGCUUCAUCGUUGAGUUCCUUCUCAGAUAUGGAUCUGUUCGAUACAGACAGGAAGACGACCCCAUUUUGAAUACCAUCUGGAUGCUUGAUAUAAUGUCUGACAUGGUUCUACUUGAAAACCAACUUCCAUUCUUUGUUCUGGACAAGAUAUUUGAACUACUAGAAGAUGUUCCUGCUGAUCAGUCACAGUUUCUUGACUUAGCCAUCAGUGCAUUUAGCUGUCUUUGGCCAAACGUAGUACCGCGUAAGAAAGAGAGAUGCGAAGUAAAGCAUCUGCUCGACUUGGUGCGGGAAUUCUUUGUGCUGUCGUCAACAGACAGAAGCAAAUCAAACUCACAUUUAGAUAAACAGCUUCAGCGUUUUCCGAGUGCAAGAAAGCUCUUUGAUGCAGGAAUUGCAUUAAGGAGUGUUAGAAACAAGCGUUGGUUGAGUAUAAGCUUUGAUAAUGGAGUCCUGAGAAUCCCACGCAUAACCAUUGAUGACAUGACCAAAUCUCUUAUCCAAAGUCUUGUCGCCUUUGAGAAGUACUAUCACGGGGAUUCUUUUCAGACGCACAUAGCAGACUAUGUAAUGCUGAUGGAUCGACUGAUUGUGUCCCCUGAGGAUGUGCAAGUGCUCGAGAACUUUGGCAUCAUCAGAAACACGGCAGGAGACAGUCGCAGUAUAGUCAACUUUUUUAACGCAAUUGGCAAAGAAGUGAACUCAUUCUGCAUGGGCUUGCAUUUUCAGGAUCUCUGUCGAGAUGUAAACGAAUACAAUUGGAGAAGCCGGUGCAAAUACGUUGCGCUUGCUUACCAUCAGACUCACUUGCAGAAAUGGAUAUUGAUCUUGAGGAGAGAAUAUUUCAACACUCCGUGGGCGUUCAUUUCGUUCUUGGCUGCCGGAAUGCUCCUCGUUCUUACAAUCUUACAAACUGUGUACACCAUGAACUAAUAUAAUUCCAACAAGGGCAACCGACGUUUCUCUUGAUAUAUUGACUUGUGGAGGAUCGAAAUUGUCUCUGUUGAAGAAGUAUGUAUUUACCAUCAAUAACACUGAAUAAGUACUGUUAAUAUAGGUUCUAUUAAUUACAUAUACCCCCAGUACUUUAGGGGAGGGGGUGUUCUAAUUAACCCCCUAAACCAUUUUUACGCCAUAUACCUUCCUGUACUUCCAUAUUCUCAAGCCCCCAACGGUUUACUUAAUUGUCCACAUAUUAUGUGUUUCUGCUUUUAAAGCAAAAAUCAA